AUGUGUACGGCUGUCAACUUCGCAAACCGGAUGCUGUACGGCGUAUUUGUUCGAUUGAUUCUCUCUUUCAAGAUCACAGAGAGCGAGGAAAUGCCCCCGAAUGUCCAUUAUAUCGACUACAAGGAGGACUCAACUGCAUCAAAUUCCCUCCCCUCGUUAUUCAAACUGAGAUUCACUCCCAGAGACCCGGAGAUGCUUGAAGGCUGCCUCAAGAACGCGCAUGAGAACCUGACGGAUUUUGUUACCGGAGACAACGCAGAGCCCCUCUUCUUCUAA